AUGAUGGGACGGGUGACCCCCAAAACGAACAGACAGCUGGCGGAGCGCCUUCGUUCCCUCUGGCGACGCCUUCGCGCCAAUCACACCGUGACGUGGAGGCAUGUGGCGGGUCACAGCGGCAACAAAUGGAACGACUACGUCGACGAGCUAGCAGCUCGCGGCAGGCAGGGCGACAGAGGCUCAAACGCUGCCGAGUGGGCGGACGACACCAUCCCGACGGACACUCCCGACGAGGAAAGCAACGCGGAGGGAAGCGACAGCAGUACCAGUGGACACGGAGCAACAGGCAGCGCCCAGGACUCGGAGAGAAAUGAUGAUAGCGACGCCAACGUUCGAACGAUAUGGUCCGAGUAUGUGCCGAGCGAGCAGGCGAGCGGGGAGCACGAUGCGUAA